AUGAGUGCAGACGGAGAAGCCUCACUGCCCUCCGUUCGUGACCAUCAUUCCAACAACUACCUAAUCUCUGAGACCGGCACAAGACCCAAACAAGCUUUUGAGGCAGGGUUUUCACCAACUUUUGGAGGCAAUGUCUUACACAUCGGGAGAGGGAGAAGUGCCCGAGCUCGAAGUGACUCAAUCCAUGCGAAGAGGGGGGAGUUCCAAGUUCCAAAAACACCAAGCGUAUUGACCUCGAAUACCGAUAACUCAAUCCGAGUUGACGACCACCCCCCUCGCACAUCGAGUCUUGCUAGUCCUAGUGCUCCUGCACAACUAAGUGGACUGCUACCAUCCCAGCGGCCAACUCGAUAUACACCGCGUAGCGACCAAACUACACGAACACUGAGCUCUCGCGCUGUCACGCCUCCCAACUAUGACAAUGUCUCAGUCUCUUUAGGGACUAUUGACCAUGAGCUUUGUCGAGGCAGCAUUGGACAAGUCCAAAAACCCCCGGGCAGUGAUUGGCCCGAGUGUAAGAGCACAGAAGCCUUCUGCGAGGAGCUAAGCGCACAAAAAGCGAAGUUUGAGGGACAAUUGAGGGCCCAGAAAGCUUUCUUCGAGAAACAAUUGGAAAUCCAAGCCGACUAUUAUGAAAUAAGGGAACAAGAACAAACCGAGAGGCACCAGAAAGAACUCCAGUCUAUUUACCAAAGAGGGCAGUUUGGAGCCGAUGUGGGAGCUGUACAGCGACAAGCCCAAUACGCUAUCGACCAAGCGAAACAGGCAUCAUUGUCUAUUAUCCAUGCAAAUCAAAGAUUGGAAGAUGAGCUCAUCCGUCUGCGAGGGGAGAUGUCGGAAAUGGAGCAGUGGGCGCAACGGGACAAGGAAAGAUACUUUGCAGAUCUUGCAUCAUCGGAAGCCUCUGUCGUUAGCUUGAAAGAAAGGUUGAAGUCCCAUCAACAAUUGGAAGAGCGUCUGGGAGUUGCAGAGCAGGAAUUAUUGACGCAAAGAGAGACCAUACUGCGCAAUCAAGAACUUAAGUUGGAGCUUGGCGAUGCGACCAACCUUUUAUCAGCAAAAUCAGAAGCCUGCGACCGCCUAGAGGUUGGGCUUCGAGGUUACAAGUCAAAGAUAAAGCGUUACGAGAAUUUAUGGCUAAAUUCGAUCCUCCGCUUCGAGGAAGAGAGGGGGAAUCUACAUCAACAAAUUGCUUCUCUGGAUCGAUUCAUCGCUACAUUCCCUCAUUAUCAACGACUACAAUCCCAGAACUUCCAGCGAAACUCCUUGCAGCAGGAUCAAGAACUUGUUCGGCUUCAGAGGAUGCUUCGGGUAAACAUACGAAACGAGAUAGAAAGGGCACGGCAUCGUGAAAGCGAUGUACGAGAUCGCAUAGAGACGGCAGAACACAACAGGGAUGAGCUCCAGGAUCAGCAAAUAAGCUGCGAGGAUGACGAUGAAGCACCAUUUGAAACACUUGAGAAUCUUCAAGCGGAAUUGGGACGACUGUACGUGGAACAGAAAGAGGCCUAUGGGUCAACAACACAACUUCAGGCUCAAGACCAGAAGCUAUCAAGCGAUAUCACCAGCCUAGAAAUAAACAUUUGGAAGUCCAAGAAGCAAAUUUCAAAGCCAGGAGCAACAAUCCCAAACGAUUUCAAGAUUUCGAGGCAGGAUCUUGAGUGGCUCGAUGCCGCAUUGGCGAUGGCUGGGUGCCAGAGCCACUAUUCAGUUCCAGAGCUUAUUCAAAACACCGAUAUCAAUGAUAUCGACGAAGAUGAGCCCCCGGAGUGUCAUACUCCGGAAAAUUUAAAUCAAGACUACAAGUUACGCGGCGACCUUAUACGGAGCUCGAUUGCAUCACAUAUUUCAGUGAAGCGGAAGAGGAAUUCUAGCUAUCAUUCCCCGCCAAAGGUGUUUAUUUGA